AGUUAAGUUGAGUGUGAGAGAGGUAAUAAUGUAAUGUUCUAUUUGACUUCGUACUUGCUCAUCUAUCAGCGAUACAAAUGUUUUUACUAAGACUUUUACCUCUCUGGAUCAAUUUUUCAGCUGGACAGUGCUUCUUCCUACAAUAUUUAAUUGACCAGUGGUUUACCACACAGAAUGGAAAUCAUUUGUUCAUUGACCAACGAACACUUCUACCAAUUCCUCGAGCCUCUAAAACUGAUCUACGUUGUCUAGAAGAAGCCGAAAAAUCUUUAAUUCAUCAAAUCAUUAGUGAAAUCGAUGGAUGUAAAGGAAUCGUUGUGGAAUUUGAACCUCGAUUGGAAUACAACGCUGUAAAUACAGAAGGGAUAAAAGAAGUGACAAAUUUUAUUGAUACUCUGAACUGGUGUUUCGCCAAGUGCUUACAAGGACUUUUUCCUAGGAUUUAUUGUAUGAAUGAUUGUUUCACUAAGUACUAUCCAGCUCUGUUGAAAUUAUCAGGAAAUGCAUCCUUUCCAACGGAUGAACAAGACAUUUUGCUAUCUCAAGCUAGAAAUGAAACACUCCAAUGUGUCGAGUCCACCAUGGACAACGGAGAAGAUCGUGAAAGAGACCUACUUGAUGCCAAAGAGUACUGUAAAUUAUAUUUUGAAUGAAACAUAAUUUUAGGACGCUGUAAAUAUACUUCUGCAUGGCUGUGUAGGUCUUGCUGAUUUAUUUCUUUCAGGGUGAAUGUAAAACUAAUAUUCAUUGUAUUUAUUAUUGUCGUUGAGGUGACAUUUUUCAAAUUAAAAGAUUUCAGAUAA